UGGAAUGAUAGCUUCACGUGGACGCCAUCGCGCCGGCAACCUUCCGGACGAGAGAAAGGAAAGAGAGAAGCCAACGGACGGACGCCUCUGAAAAAAAAAAAAAAAAAAAACAGCCGACGGACAGAGUGAAGAGAGCUCGAGGUUAUUUCUAUUAAUUCUAUCUCCUCGUCUGAGACUUCGUCGGGCAUAGGAGGAGGAGGAGGAGGAGGACGAGAGGAGAAAUAAAGAUAGUAAAAGGAGAGAGGAGGGCGAGAUCGAGGGCGAGAUGGAUGAUUACGCGAGGGAGAUGAUGGACCUGAAGACCCUUGUCACUCGAACUCUCGAGAAGAAAGGCGUCCUCGCCAAGAUUAGGGCUGAGCUGAGGGCAAGUGUCUUUGAGGCAAUAGAAGAAGAGGAUCGGGUUGUUGAAAAUGAAGACAGCGUACCUCCUGCAUUGCUUGGUAGCUGCAAUGAUCGUGCUAAGCAGCUGCAUGCCUCUCCUUCAGGAAGGCUACUCACAGCAUUAAUAUGUGAAUACUUGGAGUGGGCCCAGCUAGGACACACACUCAAAGUUUACUUGCCUGAGUGUAAUUUGCCAAAGGAUUUUUGGAAAGCUGAACUGCGAGAUUUUAGCAGCAAAAAUGGGUAUGACAUGAACAGGAGUGUGGAAAAUGGUCCUCUACUUUUAGAUGUUCUUGAAGGAUAUUUUAAAUAUGAGAACCUGUCUCAAGCAAGAGCAGCUGGAAGGAGAAUAAUUAAUACAGAGACUGACUCCAUGUUGGGUACAGAGUCCAGAAACACUCGAAGGCCAUCAUCAUCAUCAUCAUCUUCUGUUGGUGGAGGCUUACCUCCAAUGGGAAGGCCAAUCUCGGUUUCCCAGUCAUCAGACCGGAGAUUAGGUUCCUCAGCCUCUAAUAUCCGGAAGGAUGAUUACAAUUGGAGAUAUGACGCUGAUGAGCUUUCAGAAGAUGUGAUUCGAGCUUCAAAUGCUUUAGAAAACAUUCAGUUGGACAGAAAAGCACGGAAUUUGACCACAUCAUGGAGGCAUGCUGGUGAUGGUAAGGAUGAUGGCAAGGUGGAUCAUCGUUAGUGUCUUUUGUGGCUUGCGUUUGUAAUUUUCUAUCUUGUUUUAUUUCUGUUUGUGUGAACGAUAUCAAAAUGUGGAAGCCAGUUUAUGUAAGAUGGUAGUACGUGCUCUUGGUAUUCCUUUCAUACUUUUUCUCUCUUUGCUGCAUUUAAGUUCAGAUGGCAGUCUAAGAUAUCAAUCUAAGCACCUUGUAGCUGACUCCUCCUAUGCUAGCCUUGGAUGCUAUGGAGCAUGAUUCAGUUAAGAGGCUUGUACUUGGUAUUAUGUACGCUGAAUUGUUUGCAUUGGGUGGGUUUGUACGGUAUUUUGUUUGGAAGUGCUGACAGUAAAAUUUCUUCAGUCAGUUAACGGGGAUUUUGGUUGUGUA